AUGCCAUCCAAGCGUCGCAACAAUGGCCGCUCCAAGCACGGACGCGGACACACAGCUAUUGUCCGCUGCUCCAACUGCGCACGCUGCGUGCCCAAGGACAAGGCCAUCAAGCGCUUUCAGGUGAGGAACAUGGUGGAUGCGUCAUCGCAGCGUGACCUUCGUGAGGCGAGCGUGUACUCAAGCUUCAUGCUGCCGAAGCUUUACAUGAAAAUGCUGUACUGCGUCUCCUGCGCAAUCCACGGACGAGUCGUUAGAGUGCGGAACAAGGUGCUUCGCGCCAGCCCAGAAGGUCGUGUGUACAAGCCACCGCAGAAGGGAGGUGGCAAGGGCAACUGA